AUGUCUCAGAGAGAUAAUGAUGCUCCUGCCUUAAAGGCAGCAGGUGCUAAGGAAUCUGGUGAAGAAUAUAUGUCCCAAGAGGAAGAAGUGUUUGAUGGUAACGAUAUUGAAAAUAAUGAGAACAAAGUUUAUGAAGAAUCAUUGGAUCUGGAUCUUUCAAAGAGUAACAGACAGGUGUGGCUAGUGCGUCUGCCCAUGUUCUUGGCAGAGAAAUGGAGAGAUCGUAACAAUAUUCACGGACAAGAAUUGGGUAAAAUUAGAAUCAACAAGGAUGGAAGUAAGAUUAAAUUGGUCCUCAACGAAAAUGAUAACGACUCCAUACCUCAUCAAUACGACUUAGAACUAACAAAGAAAGUUGUAGAGAAUGAGUAUAUCUUUACGGAACAAAAUUUAAAGAAAUAUCAACAGAGAGUUCAAGAGUUGGCAUCUGAUCCCGAGAAGCAAAGGCAGGCCUAUUUGAAGAAACAGGAGCGUGAAGAAGAACUGAAGAAGAAACAACAACAGCUAAGGCGUAGAAAUAAUAGAAGAAAAUUUAAUCACAGAGUCAUGACCGAUCGGGACGGUAGAGAUCGAUAUAUCCCAUACGUGAAGACAAUCCCAAAGAAAACUUCUAUCGUUGGAACCGUUUGCCACGAGUGUCAAGUCAUGCCAUCAAUGGAUGAUCCAAAUUACCAUAAGAUCGUCGAGCAAAGAAGAAAUAUUGUCAAGAACUAUAACAAGGAGAGAAUCACCACCCUAGACCAAACAGUGGGUGUCACCAUGAGCCACACCGGUAUGUCUAUGAGAUCUGACAACUCCAAUUUCUUGAAAGUUGCCCGUGAAAAGUCCAAGAGCAACACCAAGUACAUCCGUAUGCCCAAGAAAGAGAUUUUGGACUAUCUGUUUAAAUUAUUUGACGAAUACGAUUAUUGGUCCCUGAAAGGUCUAAAGGAAAGGACAAGACAACCAGAAGCCCAUUUAAAGGACUGCUUAGAUAAAGUUGCCACUUUGGUCAAGAAAGGUCCCUAUGCAUUCAAGUACACCUUGAGACCAGAAUACAAAAGACUCAAGGAUGAAGAAAGAAAGGCUACAUUGGGAGAACUUGCAGAUGAACAACCAGGAGAUGACGACACUUCAGGUUUCAACGCCAAUGAUGAACAAAACGCUCAUGGUGAGGAAGGUGAAGGUGAAGAAGAUAUCGAGAUGGAAGAUAUUGUGUGA